AUGAUCGAUUUCAAAGAGUUCAUAUGCGCCCUGUCGGUCACCUCACGUGGGAGAAUGGAGGACAAAUUGGACUGGGCUUUCCAGCUCUACGACAUUGAUGGCGAUGGAAAGAUUACGUACGAUGAGAUGCUGGCCAUUGUCGAGGCGAUUUACAAGAUGGUCGGCUCAAUGGUGAAGCUCCCGGAGGACGAGGACACACCGGAGAAACGAGUGCGCAAGAUCUUUCGCAUGAUGGACAAGGAUGAGAACGGCAGCCUCGAUAUGGAAGAGUUCAAAGAAGGGAGCAAGCGUGACGAAACAAUCGUCAGCGCAUUAUCGCUAUACGACGGCCUGGUAUGAUUGCUUUUCUCCGGACCGUUCCAUUGCUUUAGGAUGGCGAUCUCUUGUCUUUUUAUUGGCGAACUCGGCGCUCAUAUCUAUGAUCUUUUCGUUUUCCAUAUGAGUUUCCUUAUCUUUUCAACGUUCAUUCUGUU